AUGUCCGCCACGCCAGGGAUUGCCGAUAGCAAGUGCGUGCUGGUGAUCGGGGCAACCGCAGGUAUAGGAAGGGCCUUGGCCGCUAGCAUCCACUCGUUGCCCUCGAAACCUACCGUGGUCGUAUCUGGUCGACGCCAGCAACGUCUCGACGAGCUGUGCAAGACAGGUCUGGAGACUAUCCAAUUCGACGCGAACACCGAUGCAAAGAGCUUGAAAGCGUUCGUAGAUGACCUCCUGGAGCGAUAUCCACAGUUGGACACCAUAGUGUUCUCCGCCGCAGUGCAACAGGAGUUCGAUUUCGCCAAACCGGAGACCAUAGACUUGAAGAAAUUCUAUAGCGAAUUGAAUCUGAACUACGUUAUGAUAGUGACAUUAAUCACGUACUUGCUUCCGCAUUUCUUCAAGCUUGGGGAACAGGGUCAGCCCUGUUUUAUCGUUCCAAUCACGUCGAAUCUAGGCAUUGCGCCCGGCGCGUGGACCCCUUGCUACUCUGCAACCAAGGCUGCUUUGCAUAGUCUGAGUCUGUCUCUCAACGAGCAGCUGAAGGAUACCAAUGUCCACAUAAUGGAAAUAAUGCCUCCCCUUGUUGAAUCAGAGCUGCACGACACCGCCGGAAAUACAGGGAAAGUGGCCAAAUAUUGGAUGCCGCUUGAGAUGUUCGUGCACGAUGUCAUGGAGGGUCUGAAGAGAGGGGACAGGACAAUCGCCGUCGGCCUCUCUAGGGAGCAAUAUGAAAGAUUUGAAAAGGGCAAGGAAGACGUCGUACACCAGACCAUGGAAGUGUGGAAGACAUGGUAGCAAAUGUAGUACAGGCUUGCAUUGUCCGACACGUCCGAAAUCCUCCUUUC